GAUGAAACAAGCACUUUGAGCGCAGUCGUUUUUCUUUUGUUUUUGUGCUUUUUGACGAAUGCUUCUCCGCGUCGGGCAGUUCAAUCUGCUCAAUCUCGUCAAAGAGAAUGUCAAGUUCUACUGUGGCGAAAUGUACACCAAAGAACAAGUCGAUCUCAAAGUGAACUGGAUUGCGCAGCAGCUGCGUCACAUGAAGUCAGACAUCCUGGGGUUCCAAGAGGUCUUUCAUGAGGAAGUCUUGCGCCGUGCCAUUGCGCAGUCUGGCAUCUACUCGGCUGACACCCAACUGAUCUUGUUUGGAGCGGAGGGCUCGGGUCCGCGUGUUGGGUUGCUCUCGCGCUAUCCGGUCGUCGACACUGAGGAAAUUCACGAAUUCCCGCCGGAAUCGCUGAUCGAGAUUGAUUCGCACAUCAUUCCCGUCAAGAAGUUCUACCGCCCGGUACUCCGUUGCGUGGUGCGGCUGCCGACGGGGGACCUGGUGACGGUAUUCUGCCUGCAUCUCAAGUCACAGCGGCCGAUGGUGGAUUCUGCGCACCGCCACGACUUGAAGGCCAAGGCGAUAGGCCAAGCGAAAUCGCUCGUCAUUCGUGCCGCUGAAAGCGCUGCCGUGCGCUGCAUUCUCGUGACCGAGAUGAGGAACAAUGCACGGCCUGUGAUUGUUUGCGGCGAUUUGAACGACGUUGUUCACAGCGUCACCACGGAAAUUGUCACUGGAACACCUCCCUUCAAGAAUAUGAAGUUUGAACAAAAGGAGCAAAUCUGGGACGCGUUGCUCUGGAGCACCAACGAGGUCCAAGUUCGUCAGAGCGAUCGCGACGUCACCUACUCACACAUCCACAACGGUCGCUACCUGGUGCUCGACCACAUUCUCGUGUCUCAGGAGUUUGUCCGCACAAACCCGAAUCGGAUUGGUUAUGUGCAGUUUUUAACCAUCCUGAACGACCAUCUCAUUGACGAAACCAUGAGCGACGACGGCCCGGACGUGACGACGUCCGAUCAUGGUCAAGUUGUGGCUGUGAUCAAAGUCUACGACGCUGCACACCCGCGCGAUGAAGGGGAUAUGAUCAUCCCGCUGCCGAUGAAUGUUGCAUCCCGUCCACUCUCGCCAAUUCCCACCAAAGCUGCUUCUUCGUCUUCUUCUUCUUCUUCUUCUUCGGGUAAGCCAAAGGCCGAGACUAUCCCGCGCGUUCUCUCGUCCUCGGAUGUUGAAGCUCCUCUCGCCUUUGCGGCUCACGCUGGCAUCAAGAAGUCGACUUCGCCGGCCGCCGUCUCUGCCCCAGCUGCGCAUGUCAAUGCCCCUCCUCCUCAUCCUCCUUCGGUUGUGGUUGUAGGAGACAAUGCUACUCCCGUCCGUGAGAUCGACCCCAAAACCCUCCCGAGCGGCGGAUCCGUUCUGGCUGACGAUCCUGCCAUCGUCGUUGCCAUCAUGCCGCCGGACCACGAUGGGUCUCCAGUCAUCAGCAUGACUGCACCUGGCGUGGAGCGUUCGACUUUGUUUGAGCUCGCCAAGUCACCCACACCCUUGAGUGCGAAACCUUUCCCGUUCCCCAUUCCCGCUGCGUCGGCUCCGGUACCUGCAGCCUCUGCCUCUGCCUCUGCCUCUGCCUCAGCCGCUGCCUCUGUCGCGCCAGCUGCGCCAGAUACUUUGCGGGCAGCGAGGUCGCACGAAGAGCUACCGCGCAGCCGCGACCGCGAAUCUCGGUCAAAGUCCCGGUCCCGGUCGCGAUCUCGAUCCCCAGGCGAUGCUAUUCACGCGGAGCACGCGCAUCAUGAGCGUCAUCGUAGUCGUGAAGGCCAUCGAGGCGACAGGGACUUUGAGCCUGACUUUGAGGAAAUGGAUCGCGCUCUGUUCGGGCCGUGGUGGGAAAUGGGACGGCGUCCACCUCACCCUCGUCGCGACCGACCGACAGGGGCUUGGGGCACCGGCAGCGGGGCUGCACUGUUUGCCAAGGACCACGAAUCACACCGUGACUCUCGUCGUUGAGCUUGUAUUUGCGGAUCAAGUUCACGCAAUAGCAAACGCUUAAAGUCAAACCGGGAGGCAUUGAACAGGCAAAGCAUGAAUCAUGUGUUAAAUACAAUGCUCGCCAUGGAUUAAAUAUGUAAUGUUUAAAAUACAAGGGUCGGCAAAAAUUCU